GGGGUCGGUGCCAGCGUUUGUUCUGCCACUUCAGGCACCAGGAAAUGCGGUGGGAACUGAGUGAGGCAGCUCGUUGCAGCAGCUUGGAGGUGCUCGGAGUGCAGCGGAGCCAUGUUGAAUCCACGGGCACGACUACGGAAGAAUUGGAAAGAAUCAACAAAGAAAUCGAGUCAGUCAAGGCUGAGGUUGCAGAAAAACGGAAGAGGCUCUCCAGGUUUACUUUAGCGCUUGAAGAGCUAUCGCAAAGCCCCGUGGCCUCCUUGAGUGACACAAAUGUGAGACAAGGUUUUCCUGAAAAUAGCCUGCUCCCAAAAGAACAGUGGAAUGAACCGUCAAAGAGCAAAGAGAGUCAGCCUAGAAAGUACGUGAUGGACCACAGAUGUCCAGCAACUGACCUUGAAUAUGAUCCCUUGGUCAAUUAUUCUGCAGGGCUGCUUGGGGCAUCUAAAGCAAAGCAGGGUGAGACUGACAGGCAGCACUUCUGGAAAAAAUCUGUGGGUGGAAAUUGCCACAAGUCCCUGGAGAGCCAAAGACCUUAUGUUUCACCAAUACGAAUUAAAAUAAAUCUUCAAGAUUCUGAUGAAGAUGACCUUGUAAUGGAUGUACCUCCAAUCAUUCCUACUUCUAAGAAAUCUAAACCAUUUAGAGGCUUUAAAUAUCAGAAUAUGGAUGAAAAGAUACAAGUAUUGCCCCCGGAGGAGAGAAAUCUUCAGAUCAGUGGUAUAGAAGAGGAAAAGAUAGAUGAAACCCAACUAACCACACAAACAGAUGAUGACAAUAACACGUUAGAACCACCAAAAUCACACAUGAAAACCUCACUAGAUACUAAAACUAACAUAAACUUGUGUGGUGUUAAAAACCACAUUUCUAAGAUGGAAAGCUUUGAUGGUGAGGAAAAGCACGUCUGUAUUUCAGGAGAAAGUAUAACUUGUGCACCUCUCAGUGACAAAGAAAUACAGAAGGAAAGUCAUAAUGAAAGUUACCCAAAGAGCAGAAGACGUGUAAAAACAAUUGAUGAUACUCAAAAAGAAGAAACUGAAUGGCGAUAUUCACCAAGCCAACUCCAGUUCUCUUAUUCAGACGAUCGUGUGAAAGACAAAGUUCUGAGAGUACAAGAUGACAGUCAAGACUUCACUACUUCUGAAGACAACAGAUUAGUUGAAUUUGAUUUUGAUAAGGAAUGUACUGAAGAUGACACUCCCUCUGAUUCUGAUGACACCGUGAAGGAAUGUCUUCGAAUUUUCAAUAAGUUCACACGAAGCAAAGCUCGUAAGGGAGAGACUGCUAAGCAGCCUUCAGGAAAGCAAAUGGAAUUAGAUAUGCAAUAUUACCAAAACAUUUCUGGACCAAAAAGGAGAAUUGCACACACUGCCAAGUUUGAUGUUCCAACCAGUAAAGAGAUCACUAGCCCAUUCAGGGGACCAGUCCCAUUAAUUAGUCACACUGGAAUCCUUCAGGCCCAGCAACAGGCAGUGCAGAUAAUGGCUGCCAUUAAGGGUGGGCAGGCUUUUGUUGCUGCCACCUCAGAGCAGAAAAAAAAUACAUUUGCAUGUCCAGCCUCUCAGACCCAAAGGAAAACCUCAGGAGAAAAUUCAUGUACAUCAGACAGCCUUCAUGUGGAUGUAGUUCUUUCAAAGGAAAAUCAAACUGCAAAGCCAAACAGAUCACACAUUCCUGUGAAAAGUAUUGCUUCUUUUCCUGUAAAGAUGUUGAAACAUAAAGUGGCUCAUCGGAAGAGGGCUGUAGGAGCAUCAGAAUCCUCAUCCAAAGUACCUGAUGAAGCUAAAAUAGAAGAAAAGGCCGUUUAUGAAUGCUGUAGCAGUCGAAAUAUGUAUGUGAACAUAGCAAGAAAUACUCUGAAGAAGCUGAGAGACCAAGCUUCUAGGAAGAUGCGCUGUCGAUGCAGGAAGAUCUAUGGCGUGACUCCUGCAGGCAAACACAGCAGCAGAGAGGAAUGUCACUACCACUUGGGCCAACUGUUCUUGGUGGCUCAGAAAGGCGGUACAGCUGUUGUGAAGGUGUCCUUGGAUCCCCCGGGUGUCAGGUCACCAAGAAGACUUCUCAAGUUCCCACCCCGCAGCGGGAAUCAUGGUGUAUUUGCCGUGAAUUGUGAGUGCUAUACAGCCAAAGGUUUGGAACUUACUCAAGUGACGGUGGUUGAUCCCAGCCUCCAGGUGGUCUAUGAUACAUUUGUGAAACCAGAUGAAGAAGUCAUUGACUGUAACACAAGGUUUUCUGGUGUGGUUGAAGAUGACUUGAAGGACACGAAAACCUCAAUCCGUGAUGUGCAAGCCACCUUGUUGAACCUGUUCAGUGCUGACACUGUACUAAUUGGACAUAGCUUUGAACGUAGUCUCUAUGCACUUAAGUUAAUUCAUACUUCAGUUGUGGACACGACAGUUAUGUUUCCUCAUCGGCUAGGCUUGCCUCACAAAAGAUCCCCUAAAAGUCUAGUGGCCGACUACCUGCGGAGAAUCAUUCAGGAUGAUGGUCACGAUUCAAGUGAAAAUGCAAUUGCCUGCAUGGAACUGGUACUCUGGAAGGUAAAAGACGACCUGAAAGGAAAGAAGUAACCACUUUGCCCAAGAAUAUCUUAAACCUCUGCAUUGCUUCCGUGACUCCUUGGCCUCCACUGCUGGCAGUAGAGUUUGGUCUAUAAUGACAUGAGGUUUCUCCACACUUUCAAAGAGAAGAGGAGAAGGAAAAGCACUGUUGAGGGCUAUUUAUUACAUUUUAAAGGUUAAAUUUCCACAGUGAUUUCUAAAGUUGUGACUGGGGAAG